AUGAUGGCGCUACGAGUACGGCGGAAAAGUCACAGCUUAUGGUCUGCCGAGCAGGACACGACCACGCCCCUCCAGCGCACUUCCGCCGAAUCGUUGCUCUAUCAGGCCGCGGUGACGGCCCUGCUAAGUAGCAAUAUCGAGUGGUUGUCAGGACAGACCGUAUGGCAGCAAGUGGAGAUGUAUCUGUCACAGAUAUGGGACCCAGCCAAAUCAGCCGGACCGAAGAAAGCUGCUCCUGCUCCUGCUCCUGGUGUGAGCCUGCUCUUGGGCAUCGACCCGGCCUUGUGUCGUCUGGUCCGGGAGAUCUCCUGUCUGGCGCGUCGUACACCAUUGCAGCCGGCUGAUCAGUCAUAUGCAAUGGCUGUUCGAACGGAAUUGGAUCUGAUGAUUGUCAAGAGCACGGGAGAUGCCCAGUCGGGCAAGCGCAGCCCUCCCAGUACUGCUGGUCGUUCUGAAGACGAGAAACACUUCUGGGACGCAACCAAGUUCUACGUGUGUGCUGCCGACGUGCUCCUGCGGAAAACGAUGCACCCUCAUCUGACCGCAGAACAUGCGCACAUCCAGGCUCUGGUCCAGCAAAUGCUUGACAUAUUGAAGCAAAGUAACAUUCAGGGACACUUCUGGAGCCAACAUUACUGCUGGCCGUUUACCAUUCUUGCAUGUGCUUUACUAAAGGAGGAUGAUAUGGUUUACUUGGAUUUGCGGUUGGAGGAAAUCUGGGAAAACUCGCAUUGGGGCGACGUGAAGAGAACGCUAUUGGUCCUAAGACGCAUUUCCAAAGAAAGGUACAGGGGCGGGACAUUCCGUUCUCACUUGACGAUAUCAAACAUCGGUGGCCCUGUCGCCGCGUUUGACUUGUUACUCUUGAAGGAUGGCCUAUCCUUCCUCAUAGAGUCAUAA